CUUCAUCUCAUCAUUUGCUUUCCUUUCCAGGGACUAAAGACAUGUGGAGAGCCUACUCUGACAUGAGAGAAGCCAAUUACAAAGGUGCAGACAAAUACUUCCACGCCCGGGGGAACUAUGAUGCCGCACAGAGGGGACCUGGGGGCGCUUGGGCGGCCAAAGUGAUCAGCAACGCCAGAGAGAAUUCUCAGAGAGUCACAGACUUUUUCAGGCACGGAAGCAGCGGCCACGGAGCAGAGGACUCGAAGGCUGACCAGGCCGCCAAUGAAUGGGGCCGGAGCGGCAAAGACCCCAACCACUUUCGACCUGCUGGCCUGCCUGACAAGUACUGAGCUUCCUCUUUGCUCUGCACUCAGGAGAGAGGCUGCGAGCCCUCUGAGGGCAGGGACACGGAGUCAUUGAGUUCUCUGUCCACAGAGGCUGAUGGAGGGCACCUGACAGGUGUCUAAUAAAUGCUUAAGAGAUUGUUGGAAA